UAUUGCCGUUGCUGGGUGCAUAAACAACAGAAAUUCCAUUCGAUUUCACCUGAUUUCAUUCCUUUGUUGCACUUAUUUGUCGAUAAAAAUUAUUUCAAUUGCACAUGAAUAAUUCAAGAACAAAUUGAUUGGUUUAAUAUUGUCUUCCCACUAAUAUGCAUGAAGCAUGACUUAGCUAACAUCACCACACAAGGGCACUAAAAUGUCUGGCCGGACCAGGAGUCGUUCCCGAUCACGGGAGAGGUCAUAUGCAGACUCAUAUGACUCCCGAUCAUACACAGAUUACAGUGAUUCAUUUGUCUCUGAGACUGAUUCUGAAUAUGAUAGACGUAUGAAAAACAAGAAAAAGUCAACUCUGGCUACAACAAACAAAAAGAAUCCACUGAAAAGCAAUGCGAAAGGUGGCAAGAAAUUGACCCCAAGAGGUAACCCCACCACGCCAAGGGGUGGGACCCAAAUAAAACAAAGAAUGAUGUCAGCGAAACAAGGACGUCUUAAACAAAUCAUCAAUGAAAAGGCUGACCUCGAAACUCAACUAGAGGAGAUUAGACAAGAAAAUCGUCUUCUUAAACGGCAGCAUUUUCUUCAGGAUAAAGCAAUAAAUAAGUAUGAAUCACAGGACAAUUCCUUCUCUGAAGUUCUUCACAGUCAUUCGGAAGAAGUACGAGCGCUUCGGGAACAAGUUCGACGGCAAAAACAACGGGCAGAAAGCAAUCAGAGAAAAAUCAAAGACAAAGAUGAAGAAAUAUUUAAGUUGCAAAAACGUUUGAAAAAAUUGGAUAAUAUUGUGCACGACAGAAGUUUAGGCGAACGUGAUGACCUGAAUAGACAGCUAGCCAAAACUGAGCUGGAGUUGGAAGAGAAAGUGAAACGAGUUAAGGAUUUGGAGAAACAUCUCCAUUACUUAGAGAAGAAUCACAGACGAGAACUUGCUCAAGAAAUGGCGAAAAAUAAAGACUCUGAUAAAAGUGUUGAAGAAUUGACAGAUCGCAUCCAAAGACUGGAGAUUCAACUGAAGGAGAAAGAAAAAGCCUUGGACAUAAAGAACAUCUACAGCAAUAGGAAACCCCCUCAUCGUCUCUCAGGUUUUGAAUCUUCCUUGUCGUCACCAACACCGACACCGCCAAAGGUUGAGAAAAAGCGCCGUAGGAGUUCUUCACCUCCAAGGUUAACACCAAGGGAGUUGGCAAAACAGUUGGAUAAUGAGCGAAGGGAAAAGGAGAAAAAAGAACGAGAGAGUCGACUCAAAGCUAAUAAAACAAAAUCCCCACGGACCAAAAUACCUGAGAAAAUUAGUCCAAGAAGCAUAAGCCCUCUAAGAGAGCAUCAAGAGGAUAGGAUCACAAAUUACAGGCCUAGUUUUAAGUUUGAAACGUAUAAGCCAUCAAAUACCACUACUUACAGCAAGGAUUCAUUAGAUGAUAUUGACAGUAAUGAUUGCUAUGACAACCGCAAUAGCAGUCGCUAUGACGAUAAAGAUGAUUACAAUUACUACAAUUCAGAUGCUUUAUCCUAUAAACCAAAAUUACACCACAUAAAAUAUAAAGGCUCAGAUGAAAAUAAACCAAAACGUUAUGACACAUUCUCCUUGGGAAAUGAGAGGGAGAAGCGGCAGAGAGAGGAGGAUGAAGCAAGGAGACAAGAACAAGAGGCUGAAAGGCGGAGGAAAGAACAAGCAGAAAAGGGACGUCAGAAAAAACUCCAAGAGGAGCGAAUACGCAAAGAGGAAGAAGAGGCCAAGAAAAAUCUUAAACUUUUAAAAGCUGAUAGUGACUCUACAUUUUUCGAAAAAAUGAUAAUGGGUGCCAAGCCAAAUGAUAAAAAUAAACAUGAACAGGAGGAGAAAAACCGCAGAGAGAGGGAAGAACGAGAGAGAGAGGAGCGCGAGAGAAAAGAAAGAGUAGCUAGGGAACAAGAACAGUUGAGGCAAGAUCGGGAAAAAGCAGAACAAGAUAGAUUCAAACGAGAGGCUGAGCUUGAAAGAGCAGCAGCUGAAAGAGAGCGUGAAGAACGUGAAAAAGAAGCUAGAUUACAGUUUGAACAUGAAGAGAGAGAACGUCGUGAACGUGAAGACCAACAACGACGUGAUCGUGAGGCGACUGAACGAAGGGAGAGAGAAGAAAAAGAAAGAUGGGAGAGGGAGAACAGACACAAAGAGGAUGAAAGACGCAAACAAAAGGACUUGUUAUUAGCUAAAAUGAAACAAAUUGAUAACACAGAUGGGCACAAUGGGGCAGAUUUGUCACCUGCCAGUCGACGUAAGCAAGAUAAAGAGUGGACCUUCAGUAAACCAAUAGAGAAUUUACAUUCUGGGAAAUCUGCUUACGAGGAUGUCAAAGUGCCAUAUUUGGAAAAACAGAAAAAGGAACAAAAGAAAAAGCUAAGUUUGUUUGAUGAUGACGAUAAUGACGACUUAGAUGGUGGAUAUCAGCCAUCAUUUGGUCGUCGUGGUGCCACAGACAAUAAAUCCAAAAAGAAUUCUUUAUUUGACGAUGAUUCCCCGAGUUCAUCAGCUAAAAAUAGAAAUGGCUUUGUAUUUGGGAGUAAUUCCCCUAAAUCAUCUGCAAACAGAAACCAUAAAAAGAAGAAUGAUCUCUUAGGUGAUUUGUUUGGUAAUGAAACAAAAAGUAGAAAUACGUUAGGAGAUGAGGACAUUUUUGCAUCAUCAACAAAAGCUAAGCCUGUGACCCAGAACAAUUAUCCAUGGGAGAAAAAUGUGGCCGUGUCUAACUCUAAAAACAAUUCUACCGCCUUAAAUCGCCCCCGGCAGCAAGCUAAUGUGCUAGACUCUAAACCAGCUGUUAAUGCAAUUGACAGUUUUGAUGUGGAUGACAUUGAGGAGGUUGUGUUGUAAUAUAAUGGAAAAAAAAUUAUUUAAUAAAAGGGACUUGUCAGUGGAGUAAAAUUGACAUCUGAGAGCAUGUCUGCACAGUCAUUGAAGUUUCAAAGCAAUUAUAAAUCAGUUAUAUAAUGCAUUCAAUGAAAGUGACAUUUUAUCUCUUUGACCUGAACCAUCCCCCGAAGCAGGUGUCCAGAAUCC